AUGUUGCCACCUGGCCCGCCACCGCAACAGCGCGCCCCGGAGGACGGCAGCGGAACUCCAGAGGCGCAGCCGUGGGGCGUUUUAGGCGUCCCGAAUUCCCCGUCGCUGUCGAUGCCUGCGGCGUCUUCAGGCCUCGCCGGUCCGUCUGCCUCGCUCCGCAUGCCUGGAGUCCCUUCCAACCCGCCCCAGGUUGCGCAUCAGCGCCUCGCGCCGCUCCCCCCAGAUCUCGUGCUCUACCCGCAAACCGCGAGCAGGGACCAGGGAACUGUCUCUUCUGCGCCACCUGCGACCGUGCCAGGGCUGCAAAAUGCAGGCGCCGCGUUCGCCUUCCAAGGCAUGGCCCAGGUCGACGCUUCGUGCCUUCCUCUUGCUUCUCAGAGUCCCUUCCUCGCUCUGGCCUCUGCCUCCGCCCUAACCACCCAGUCUAGGCCCGUACCCCUCCGGCCGCCUUCACCUUCUUCCCUCCUCCCUCAGGGAUUUCCCGCGGGGAAGCUGUUAGCACCUUCCGCCGUGGGCUUCGCGUCAAACGGAGGCCAGCCGCAGUCGGGGGUUCCCAACACCGCCUCUGCUACCUCGCGUCCUCCCGCGCAGCGUCCGACUCCUGUCUCUUCUGACUCCCAGCCCCGGCAGGGUUCGUCUCUCCCUACGGGCGCAGCCUCGCCUCACCCGUCCGCGGGUUCAGCCGUCCCCGGAAAAUCGUCUUUGGGCACCGGCGCUCCUCCUGGCGGCUCUGCCGCUGUCUCGCCUGGUCUUCCUCUGGCCGCGCCGUUCUCGCCUCUUCCCAGGGGCGGAAACGCCUUCAGUCCGUCUGCCUUCGCGACGCCUGUCGCCUCGGGCGCGUCUCUGCAGACUGCAGGCGCCGCAAGCCCAGCGCCCGGCUCAUCGCACCAGCCCCUGUCGCCACUCUGUCCGUCUGGCGAGACCGCUCAGGUCUUUCCGCGGGACGCUUCCUCGGUUUCGCCCGGCGGCAUGCAGGCGCCUGCAGCCUCUGCCUACCCCGCUCCGCUUUCGGCUCUCCAGAGUGCUCCCAAUGCUUCGCCCUCGGGUGUCCCAGACACUCCGGUCAGUUCUUCCCUGUCUUUUCAAACGCUCGCCAAACCUGGCGGGCCACGUCCAACGAGCCCAGGCCGCGCUGGCGGCGAACCGAUCUCCAGCUCCGUGUCUUCUGCGUGUCCGCUGUUUCCGGAAUGCGGCGGAGAGGCUCCGACUCCCACGAACAAACAGCCCCGCCAGGGCGCUGCCUCCGCGGGGUCUCCUCUCCCCAAUCGACUCGCGGGUGCACUGGCCUCCGGGGAGCUCAGUGGGGGCUUGCAGCGGCACGCGAGGCCUGGCGACGGGCGGCGCGCGCCGGGCGGUCGGCCAUCUUCGGCGACGCCUCCGUCUCCUGGAGCAGGCGAGACUCUGGCUGCUCUGUCGACCUGCAUGAAGACCGAUUUGGGUGUCUCCGCCGGCGCGGCUCAGCUGUCAAGUGAACCUGGAAGUGCGCGCGGUCUCGCCCAUCCGGGUCCAGCUCUUCCGUUUCUCGCUGCUGCGCCUGCGGCGCUCCCCCAGGUGUCGCCAGAGGGACACUUUUACAGCGCGUUUUGCCGGCUGCUCUACGAGCUGUCUCUGCGACAAGUAUCUCUGGUCGACAAGCGCGUGCGCAUCCUCUUGUUGAUCUUUCACUGGCUCAAGCAGCGGCCGGAAGAGCACCAAGACCCCAGCCACAUCUUCCGAGACCGGCAGUUCGAGCGCCUCGUUCUCCAAGCUCGGGCGUACAUCCACCUCCUGUCGCAGAAACCCCUCGAGCACGAACAUCUCCAGCAGCUUCGCCUUCUCCCCAGCCUCGGCUUCUCCGUCGACCACGCGUUUCUCGACGCAGUUCGGGCCUACAAAUGCUCUCUCGGCGCCGCGGCGGUGUCUGCGCGACCGGGAGGAGGCGGGGGCCCUGCGGGUGCAACCGCUCGAGGCACCGGCGCAGGGGGAGGAGCCCUCAAAGCGAGUCAGAUGGUGCAAAAGAGACGAGAAAGAUCGGUUUUCGUGGAGCUGCGCCAGGCCGCGGAGGCUGCGGAACGCGCAGAGACCGCGCUGCGACUUCAGGGGCGGAUUGAGGGCCUGGGGAAACGCCUGGCCCGCCUCAAGGUCGCCGAGAAGGCUGCGGCUGCCUCCGCAGCACACGAGGCUCCACGGGCGCGGUCGCGGCUCCUCGAGGUCACGGCGGAGGCGCUUCAGACAAAGGCCGUGGAGGCAGAGAGGAAGGAAGCGGUGGAGGAGAAGGACGAAGAUGCAGACGUCAGCGACACCGACCGGGACAGAAAGCGAAGCCUGGAAGCCCUGGGGACAGACACGCAGGAGACGGAUGCGGGUGGAAACAUGUUGCGGCGGGGCGAAAAACUGUGUGGCCAGAGAGAGGUGAAGGAGGAAGAUGUGGAAAUGGAGGCCAUAGAACCCGAAGAGGAAGCCGCGGAAGCAGCACAGACGGCGAGACAGCAAACGAGACGAGGCGGGGAGACCGUCAAGAUCGAGAAAGGAGAGGACGGUGUUGAAGUGAUUACCGUCUGCGUCGAGGACGAUGGCGGGGCGUCUACGAAUCACAGCGACGUGUUGCUGGAACAAGCCCUGGGGGCAUCGAUCGAAUCCGACGUCGCAGUUGAGACUCAGAUCCUGCCUUCUUCGGCUUCGUCCGCAUCUGAGUCUAUGGAACAUCUGUGUGCGGCAACGUCUGAGGAGUUGCGUCGUGCGCGACUCCACUCGCGACUCCUCGCGCUGUUGCCUCUUCAGUCUUCGGUGCGCCAGGCGGUCGCGCUCCACCGUCUCCUAGAGGUGGCCCCGGAGCCGCUCCCGCCCUUGCUGCACGUGAGUGUACGUACAGCUCGGAAGCACCGGCUGCUGCGCGAACAGCGGGAGCAGGCGGAAGAGUAUUUGGAGCGGCGCGCUCAGGACGCACAGCGCCGGCAGGUUUUCCUCUCGGCGCUCCUCGAGGUGCACCGGCGGAAUUUCAUCAACUUCCACCGCGAGGCUCUGAAGCAAGUCCGGCGGGUUGCGGCAGCCGUCAAGCGCAGACGCGCCUGCUUCUUUGGCGCAGACGGCGAAAAAGGCGUCCUCCCUGAAGACCUCGGAAAACCCGACGCUCUCGAAGACGACCGCGGGAGACACUGCGGCCACCACCUCCACCCCACAAAGUGCGGCUGCCCCGCAGCAGCCGCCGACCUCGCUGCGAUGAAGCGCAGGGAAAGACUCGACGCUCUCAAGAAACAUGACGAGGCCGCCUACCUCACCCUGCUGCAGGAGACGAAAAACGAACGCCUCCUGCUCCUCGUCCGACAAACGGAAGAGUACAUGCGGAAAAUGGGGGAUCUCAUCAUCGAACAGCGUGAACGCGAAGGCGCGGAAAUCGACGUGGAUCCAAUCGACUUGCCUGCAAGCGAAGGAAAGAAGGCUGCCGCCGCGCCCGCCAAAGGGGAGACAUCCAUGCACGACCAGCCGGAGGAAACACAGGCGCAGGAGGUCGCGAAAUCGGAACAGAGCGAAGCAAAUGAGGGCGAGGCGGCCGCGGAAGAGCAGAACAAGGCCUCUCUGUCUUCCUUCCUCCUCUCGAAGGAAAGAUACUACCGGCUAACGCAUGCGAAACGCGUCCACGUCACAGAACUCCCCAAGUGUCUCAAGGGCGGCUCCCUGCGCGCCUACCAGAUGGAAGGCCUCAACUGGAUGGCCUCUCUGUACACAAACGGCCUCAACGGGAUCCUGGCGGAUUCGAUGGGUCUCGGGAAGACCGUCCAGACGGUUUCUUUCCUGGCGUAUUUGCACGAGGUCAAGCGCGCGCGGAAUCCGUUUCUCAUCGUCGCGCCUCUCUCGACGAUUCACGGGAACUGGCGCUCGGAGCUGAAGAAAUGGUGGCCGACGAUCAACCUGGUCGUCUACGAGGGGACGAAGGAGUACCGCAAGCAGCUCAGGAGUCGCAUCGUCGGCGGGCUCCACAGCCGCGGGCCCGGCACCGCGACCGCGUUGGGCUCCAGUGUCUCCGACGGGGUCGCCGUCGCGGCGUCGGCGGCCAAAGAGGAAGAAGCCGGCCGAGGCGGGGGACAGGGCACCGACGGGAAAGACGGGGCAAGACGGUUCGUAGAGCCAUACUUCCACGCCCUCCUCACGACGGACGCUGUCAUUUUGAGAGACAAAUCCUUUCUGAGAAAAAUCAAGUGGGAAUACCUCGUUGUCGAUGAAGCCCACAGGCUGAAGAAUCCGAACAGCAAGCUCGUUCAGACUCUCAACACGGGUUUCCACAUCAAACGACGCCUGGCCCUCACUGGUACGCCGUUGCAAAACGACAUUGGCGAGGUGUGGGCUCUGCUGAAUUUUUUGAUGCCGUCGAUUUUCAAUGCGAAGCUGAACUUUGAGCAGUGGCUGAACGUGCCCCUGGCGGCGCCUCCAACUUUGUUCGGCGGAAACAGCCAGCAAGACGAACACCUAAUCAACAUCACAGAAGAGGAGAAGCUGCUCAUUGUUGACCGGCUGCACAAGGUUCUGAGGCCUUUCCUUCUGCGCCGAGAGAAGGCCGAAGUGGCUGAUGAGCUGCCGUCGAAGCAAGAGGAAAUCGUAUGGUGCCCGUUGUCUGGUGUUCAACGCUAUCUCUACAAAAUGAUCGAGGGGAACCCUGUUGGCCAAAAUCGCAUGGUGCAACUCCGAAAAAUUUGCAACCAUCCUUACCUUUUCUGCUACUCCAGUUACACCCCUGACGAAAGUUUGGUUCGGUGCUGCGGAAAGUUUGCGAUGUUGGACGUUCUUCUGCCUGCUCUGAAGAUGGGCAAUCACCGCGUGCUGAUCUUCUCCCAGAUGACCAAGCUCCUGGACAUCCUUGAGGUCUAUCUCUCUCUUCGAGGCCACACGUAUCUGCGUCUCGACGGAGGGACGAGCAGCGAAGAGCGCCAGAAGCGACUGACGCUCUACAACCAAGAAGGCAGUGAAUACUUCAUCUUCAUUCUGAGCACCAAAGCUGGCGGCCUCGGCGUCAACUUGCAAAGCGCCGACACGGUCAUCAUCUUCGAUUCAGAUUGGAACCCGCAGAACGACGAACAGGCCCAAUCAAGGGCACAUCGUAUCGGUCAGAAGAAGGAAGUGUUGACGCUUCGCUUUAUCAGCGUGGAGUCGAUUGAGGAGCAGAUUCUUCAGAGGGCGGAGUGUAAGCUGGACAGGGACAAGUUGGUGAUUCAGAGCGGCAUGUACUAUGGCCACGGCCAAGAAGAAGUUCACGACCCUUCUCGCGACCUCGAGAGAACCAACCAAGUGCGUGAAAUCCUUCGCAAGCAGCGCCAGCUCGACGUGAAUCUGACGCGGGCUCUCGACCUCCAACUGCUGAAGCGACAAAUUGCGAGGAGUCCAGAAGACAUGCGCGUCUUUGAAAGGGCCGACUGCAUUCGCAGGCUGCUCCACGUCCCUGGGCUGAUCACCAGCGAGAUGCUCCCGCCGUGCCUGUUCAGCUGGAGCAAGGCCGCCGAGCGAGCUCAGGAGGCCUUGGUCUCUGCGAGUCAAAAAAAAGAAGCGGAAGAAGCGUGGAAGCGCGUCUACGCCCGAUCGGACUUCUGGACUGUUCGCGAAGAGAAAAGCGCCCUCCAACCCCCCGCCCCCACGGUCGACCCCGCCCCCACGGUCGCGCCUCCUGUCUCCGCUUCUGCUGAGGACGCCUCUUCUUCCUCUUCUUUUGUCUCCUCUGCUCAGGAGUCGAGUGAGCUUGCGGGCGACUCGCAGGAGAAAGUCGCUGCGCGGAAAGCUGGCGACGAGAAGGGAAAGGAAUCUGUCCACGCCGGGGUGGGAGGCGACGAGGCUCCUGCGUCGUGCAACGAACAGCCGAAACAAACAGAGGAGUUGCGAGGCAGUGACGGAGAACCGGAGGCGGCGCCGGAGUCCGAGAAGAAGGACGGCGAGACCAGGGCCUCGUCCUCGGAAGACUUGACGGAAGAUGUGCGGCGAACGCACGAAGAAGCCACGGCUGCGUCUGCGCUCGUGACCCGCCGCGUUUGCGAGUUGCCCCUGUGGCGUGCGACGGUCAACGGGUGCAUUCGCGAGGCAUUGAAUGCAGCCAUUGCAUGCAAAGACUUCGAUGUCUUUGUCGAGCUCCCGUCCAAAGAGAUCUACAAAGACUACUUCGAGCGCGUGAAGAAGCCGAUCUGUUUGCUGUCCAUUCGCUCCUCGGCUGACAAACAAGAGUUCACUUCUUUGUCGAAACUGGAGAAGUAUCUCACGCGUCUGGCCGUGAAUGCGCGGCUGUACAACGGGGCGGAGUCGCCGAUUUUCCUUCGGGCGGUCGAGUGCAUGGGCUUCGUGGUGCGCGAGAGCCGGCGCCGUCUCUGCGUGGCGUUCCACACCUUGCUGGAUCCGGCCGAGGCGACGAAGAUCUCGCGUUUGCUCGACUCGUUCUUCUCCUUCACGCUUGGGUCGUCGGAAGGCCUCGACGCGGCCUUGCUCGACAAGAGCGACGUUUUGAAGCACGCAGGCGACGAAGAAGAGGACGGCGAGUCGUCUGUUGUCUCAGGAUCUCGAGUCUCUAGCUCGAUGGGGAUGCGUGUCUCCUCACCUCCAGCACGGCAGCGCGCUUCCUUCCCCUCUGCGACGUUCCCGUCUUCCUUCCCGUCGCCUCACCCCUCUGCGUUCACUUCUGGGCCUGGCUCUUCUGCGUCUUCUUGCGUCUCUGCCUUCCCUUCCUCUUCUCCGCCUUCCACCUUCCCCGCUGCGUCCUUCCCGGCUGCUGCACUGACGCCGGCGCCCGACCCUGGAAGGCCCAGCGAGGCUCCUCCAGCGUACCUCGACGCGGGCGCCUCGACCGGCGCCGAGUCUCCCGCCGCGUCCUUCCCUGCGCCGUCUCCUUCCCCGAGACGACCCUUGCUCAAGAUCUUCCCCAUGCGCAUCAACUUGUCAAACCAGGCGUCGUCCACAGGGGGCGGGUCCAAGGCUGCGCCGAGCGAUGGCGCUCCCGGCGAGGGGCGGCGGGACGAGAGUCUGGAGCCGCUGCCUGGAAGUCUCCUUCCGACUGACAGACUGCGCGUGGCUCUCGGCGCUUCCGCAGGUGGACAAGGCGCCGACCUACAGAGGGGCGACCUCCCGGCGGCGCGAGAAUCGGAGCGAACGCGGCAAGUCAGUGGAGCCAAGCGAGGCAGGAAACGAGGACGCCCGUCGAGGAAAGACCUCGAGGACGCUCAACUCGCGAAGAAAGAGGCGGAAACGAUGCACAGAGACGGAGUCGCCGGCGGAGCGCCUUCCUUCCCUGCGUACUCUGCGGCUGCCUUCCCUGCCGCCUCGCCGUUUCCUUUCCCUUCGUCCUUCCCGGCGGCUGCGGCGCCGUCGCCGCCGGCGGUCGGAGGCGAUCUCGCCGCGCCGGCCGAAGAAGGCCGCGAGAGAGACAGGAGCAGGAAGGAGAAGAAAAAGAAGGAGAAAAGGGAGAAGAGCAAAGACGAAGACGGCAGCGUGGUAGGUGAAGACGGCAAGCGGCGGAAAAGGGGGAAAGAGGCGCGCCACAGGGAAGGGGAAGAACGCUUGGCGACUCUGUCGUCCCUCCCGACUGCGGUGCCGCACGCGUCUGUCGGAGGGAACACUUUCGCUUCCGCGCGGGCCCAGCUCGGCGAACCGGUGUCUUCGUUCUCCGCGCCGGCUGAUGGAGCGAAGAAAUUCCGGAUUCGCCUGCCUCAGCCUUCUUUCCCCGCGGCAGUUCCCCUAGCCUUUCCCGCCUCCCACUCCUACCCUGCCACUGCCGCUUCGCCGGCUGUUGGCGCUGCGGUCGGCGCUGGAGCUCCUUCCCCGGCCUAUGCUGCCUCCUUCCCGUCCGCAGGAUGUUACUCGUUUCCUUCCGGGCAAGGCGAGAGGGCUACAGGAGAAAAGGGCGAAGGCGGGGGUGCACUUGCAGCUGGCCCGAAGUUCCGCAUUCGCAUCGCUUCACAGCCUCCUCAGUGA